AUGACCCUGCUGAGGUCGCAUCGCCACCCUUCUUCUACAUUAGGGUACGGCGACGUCGAGACGCAGGCUCUUCUCCUCCACCGCACGUCGGAACGCCGAGACGUCGUCGGAGGCGGCGAGAUCGCCUCCGACGACGUCGCGAUGGUUGCGAUAAAAGCCGCUGCGGCGACGCGGCGCAUGAGCGCGGCCGCCGCCCCAGCCGCGAUCGCGCGUGCGUUGUUCUCCUUCGCCAGGCACAGCACAAACAGCCCCCGCACCGUGCUCAACCUGGGCCGGCUGAUGGCCGUGCUCGAGGGCACCGAGGCCGCCUACUGCACCACCUCCGGCAUGUCUGCCAUCGCCGCCGUCCUGCUCCAGCUCGUCAGCGCCGGUGGCCACGUCGUCGCCUCCAAGUGGCUCUACGGCGGCACCCACGUCCUCCUCUCCCGCGCCUGCAACAUCCGCGCCACCUUCGUCGACGCCAACGACACCCACGCCGUCCGCGCCGCCGUCCAUGAGGCCAUGGUGGUCUCCCCCGCGCGACUCCGCCCCGACGUCGUCAUACACAGCGUCUCCAAGUUCAUCAGCGGCGGCGCCAACAUCAUCGCCGGUUACUAA